UACGAGCCACCUUGCGUGGGCGGUUUAAAUGCUUGCGCGACGGACCGUCUGCGCAGGUAUUCUGUGUCUGACAUCGCUUGCUGCUUCUGCAACGCAGACGUUCUUGGAACAGGGCUUCCAAUUCGACUAUACCCCAUCAGGUGCUCCUGUGCCGAUACCAACAACUGCACAGUGCGAUUCUAUACCUCUCUCAUGGAGUCGGGCGGCAUUUACGACUGGGCCAAAUCCUCAAGCACCGUACUACAUCCAAGUCUACACUUCGACAUUCCUUUUCCCUUCGAUUGUUAAUGUUGGCAGCGGUCUGCAGUUCGAUUGGCCGGUUCCCUAUGUUCCAGGAACCCAAUAUCAAAUAUGCAUGUUCGAUUCAAACGGUGUAUCUGGAGGCUGUCAGCGAAUGGAUACUGUUAUUCCCGCCGAAAAUUCCUCCUUGAGCAAUCCUCCGAUUUGCACAAACCUGACUUAUCCAGCUGGUAUCUUAGACGUGGAAGGAAAGGACCACACUGGGACUCUGUCGCAAUAUGGAUGGGUCGAUCAGUGCACUGAUAUCAGUAUUCAACCGAAGAACGGGACACCGCCGUUCACGUUAACUGUUGCUCCAGCUCUUCAUCCUCCUUGGAACAUUACUAGUAAUGACAUGAGUCCUAUUAAUUGGACGGUACAAUUAUCCUGGGGGUCGCCUUUCUUCAUUUCCUUAGUUGAUGCGAGUGGGCAAACUUGGGCCAACGGUCCGUUGCACAGUGGUGGCCAGGGCUCCACCGGCUGCCUUGCCUUGGGAGCAGACGCAAGCAGUGGUAUUUCGGACUCCGUAGCCAUCGGUUCGGGUAUUGGAGGACUCAUCGGUGGAUUAGCCAUCGGAGGUCUAGCCGCCUGGUUUAUUCUUCGAAGGCGGCAUAGCCCCUACCAUGACUCGUACAUGACUGAUCGGAUACACAGUGGUUAUGGAAAGGAUGGUGGUCAGGUAAUGGAUGGCUCGCUAUACACUGCUGUACCUUCUGCAACACACGCUGCAAUACCCACCGACCACACAGUUGACAGUCGGACUUCAGCAGGGACCGCUACUGCUAGCAGCCAUCGACAUCUUUUGCCUGGCUCUGGAUACGAAAUCGAGCCGUUCACAUUGCCGGAGUCGUCCACAGAGGGUUUAAUACCAAAGAGUCCAGCCACCGGCGGUACUUCUUCGGCAGACAUCCCGCUCUCUCCAAUGAGUCGACAUAACCCAAGCAGUUCGCAAAAUCAUAGUCCCCAGCGAUCAUUGUCCUCAGGGCGCGCGGCAACGACGGGUGGCCAAGUUUAUGUUGUACAUCAUGAUGGAGGACGCGCACCCGUUACCGUGUAUACAUCAGAAGGUGCAGAGGUAAUUGAGCUGCCGCCGCGCUACAACCCAGAUGACCCGCCGAUCGAACAACGCCGAAGAGCGGGAUCUGCCCCCCGAAAAACACCCCGGAGUCCUGGAUUAAGUUCAAGUAAUGGGUAAUAUUCCGGUAAUUCUACCCCCUUUUCCUUGUU